AUGACUUCCGGUCAAAAUCCAAAACGCCAUAAGUGGAACAACAAGCUUCACAAAGCAACAAAACGAAUGUGGUGUACACUAGUAAUUUCAUCUAAAUGCGCUUCCACUAACCAGUACUGA